AUGAAUAUGUCAAAUGUUUCCAAAAGAAGCAAUUCAAAUUUUUUACCUAUAGUCAAGUUUCCUAAUCUACUUAUAGAAGAAGAAAUACAAAAUUAUUUAAAUGCUUUAGCAACUAUCACCUCAAGUUCUCAACUCGAUCUUAUUACUAUUAAGACUGGCAAUUCAUUAUCAUUCUAUCAUGAUUCUGUUGAUUAUUCGGUUGAUGGAGAAUUCUUGGAUGAGAUAGAAGUGAUGGAAUAUUAUUCUAUUGACUAA